GGUUGAAUACAGUCAGAAAGGCUUUCAUCAACUCGGUCGCUCAGAAAGUUCUCUGUAUCGCGGUCCGCUUUACCGUCAUCAAACGCAAACACACGCGUUCACUGGAAUAUUAAAACUGGACAAGUUGUCAAGGAACAGACCUUUCUGUUAUCUGAGCUGCUGUUGGGGCACUUGUGACCUUGACAACCAAAUCUGCACUGUGUUUGUGCUGGUGCGCUGUCAAGCCCGCUGCCACUGUGUCAUUUGUGGCAGCUAAAUUGAAGGAGUGCUCUAAUCAUCUCCCACACGUCUUGCCCCUCGCCACGCGUGCGGGAAGCCCCGGGCGGCCAGCCCGCUCAUUCCGCUGUCUGUCUUCCUGCCCACAAACAUCCCAUCAUCAACAAUGACCUGAAGCCACACGGCAUCUGCUGUAUGAAAGAUGUUGAUUUUAUUGGCAAAACACGGCUCCUUUGGGUUAUGGUCCACUUCGUGUGAGCAGUAUGAUGAAGACCACAAACUAUAACUCACAUCGAUGGGAUUCUCUUCAUAUGUGAAGAAAACACAGCUAACAUAACACACAAAAAUGGACCACAGGCAUGGGUUUCUCAAUGGCCUGGAUGAAAAAAAGCCUGCGUUUUUGCACCCCAGCAACAGGUGGACGGGUGUAUUGACUGUCAUAGAGAACAACAGAGCACAACAUCAAACAUGGGGCCUGUGGACACUCGGGUCUGUACGGAAAAUCAAAAUCUUAAGCUUCCUUUUCGGACUUAUGGUCACCGUUCUCAUCAUGGCAUCCUACAUCUUGACGAGGGACCAGAAAGGGCUCUUUUUAACGCCAUCACCAUAUCACCUUACUGUGGAGUCUCAUCCGGCUCAGCUGCCCCUUAAUCUGUCCUUCGCUACAGACUACACAGUUGUGAGAGAGGUGGUGAGGAGCAUUGUGGCCAGAGUGGAUUUCAGUCAGAGAAGAGUGCCUGACCUGAGAGAAGUGAGAGAGAAAGAGCCAAACAUAUUCUCUGCAAUUCCUCUCAAAUUCCUUCCCCAUCUCAAGAACCCCUGUUGGUAUGAAGAAUUCUUUGGGAAUGUCACAGCUGAUCCGUAUGGGAAAAACCUGUAUGCUCUUUAUUCAAAGCGCUUCCAAGCAGUAUAUGACCACCUGCGCAGAGCGUUUCCGGCUCACCUGCAUCAGCACACAGGUAGACAGUAUCGCCUGCGCUGCCUGCCCUUCUUUUACAUCAUCGGCCAGCCCAAGUGUGGCACCACGGAUCUCUACGACCGGUUACAGCUACAUCCAGAGGUCCAUUUCACCACUAUGAAGGAGCCACACUGGUGGACACGAAAGAGAUUUGGUAUCAUCAGGUUGAGUAAUGGUUUUCAUAACCCCUAUCCACUGAAUGACUACCUGGACCUUUUUGACCAAGCAGCCAAUCAGAUUCAAGAUCACUUGACAAGCAACUCCUCCAAAACCCACAAAAAAGUGGACAUCAUAAUUGGUGAGGCGAGUGCAUCCACAAUGUGGGACAAUAAUGCUUGGGUUUAUUUCUACGACAACGGAACGAAAGUGGAGCCACCUUUUCUGGUGCAAGACUUCAUUCAUGCUGUCCAACCAGAUGCCAGAUUCAUUGUGAUGCUCAGAGACCCAGUAGAAAGGCUUUACUCAGACUAUCUGUACUUUGGCAUGGCUAAUAAAUCUGUGGAGGAUUUUCAUGAACGAGUAUCAGAGUCGUUGCACCUGUUUGAGGGCUGCUUGGCUGAGAGGUCCAUCCGUUCCUGCAUUUACAAUACCACUCUCAACAACCUGAUGCCUGUGAGGCUUCAGGUGGGACUAUAUGUCAUAUACCUGCUUGACUGGCUGAGUGUUUACAGUAGAGAGCAGAUACUCAUCCUACGACUUGAGGAUCAUGCUGCCAACCGAAAAAUCACUAUGCGGAGAGUCUUUGAAUUUCUAAAGUUGGGACCUCUUACUCUGCAGAAGGAAGCAGACAUCACAAAGAGCCCCGCCUCCAACACCAGACGACCAGCCAAUCGAAAUCUUGGCCCAAUGCUGCCGAUAACCAAGGAGAUCCUGCAGAGCUUCUACGAGCCUUUUAACCAGCGCCUGGCUCGAGUGUUAAGGGACCCUGCCUUCUUGUGGAUGUAGCACUGAGGGAGAGGGAAUGAACAGACAUGUAUUAUUGCAAUAGAAAAAAGUGACACAGAUUAAACUCAAAUUUAAAACUAAAUUAGAUUUGUUAGGCCAAUGCUGGGUGGCUGGUAUCACCUUUGGCCAGAAUUCAAAUAAAAAAAAAUAUUUUAAAUUCUAGUCAAUUAUAUAGUGUUACCACUGACUUUAUUUUUAUUAUUUUAUUUUCCUUGGUUAUUUGGUGCAGGACACGUUCAUUAUUGCACUUUGAUACUGUGAGAGUAUUUGGUCAGGAUUACCGCUGAGAAAUUAACAGACAAUUUAUUUAAUGUAUUUGUUAUAAGGCCUUGGAAGCCACAGUGUUUCUACAGAAUGAAAGGAUACAGAAAAGGUAGUGAUCAAAAAUUAAUAUACACUCAACAAAUGACGACA